CUCGCCACCCUUUCAUCUUCUUCUCUCUCUCUCUCUCUCUCUCUCAUACCAAAUCCCUUUCCCUCGUUUUUUUCCUUCCGAAUUUCGACCUUAAUUUCAGGAUUAUUUUCUACCUCUCAGGAUUCGCUUUUUUAUUUUGUUUCUUCGUUUUUCUUCAGGAAGUAUUUGACUCAGUCUCAGUGCUUUCCUCUUGGUGCUUGCUUACCUCAUGGGAAACAGUGAGGAUGGAAAAUCCGUUAAGACUGAAAGGCCUUCUUCACCAGUAACAACUGAUGAGACCAAUCAAAUCAACCAGCCUAACAUUCAUGUCUAUCCUGAUUGGGCUGCCAUGCAGGCAUAUUAUGGGCAAAGAGUCAACAUUCCACCAUACUUCAACUCAGCCGUUGCUUCUGGUCAUCCUCCUCACCCAUACAUGUGGGGACCACCACAGCCUAUGAUGCAUCCAUAUGGGCCGCCGUAUGCACCAUUUUAUUCACAUGGAGGGGUUUAUACUCACCCCGGGGUUGCCAUCGGUACAAGUUCACAUGGCCAAGGAAUUCCGUCUUCACCCGCUGGAACUAUGCAGGCUGGGACUCCUGCAAGCAUAGAGACACCAACCAAAUCACCUGGAAACAGUGAUCGGGGUUUAAUAAAAAAAUUGAAAGGAUUUGACGGGCUUGCCAUGUCAAUAGGCAAUGGCAAUGUUGAGAGUGCUGAGCAUGGAGCGGAAAAUCGGCUAUCUCGGAGUGUGGAUACUGAGGGUUCCAGUGAUGGAAGUGAUGGCAACACUACAAGGAUCAACGGAACAAGGAAAAGAACCCGGGACGAAACACCAACAACCACUGAUGGAAAAGGGAAAACUUUGAUGCAAAAUAGUCCAGUUUCUAAAGAGAUUGCAGCUUCCAAAAUGAUGGUGCCAGUUACCCAAACCAGUGUUGCAGAAAAGUUUGUUGGACCUGUACUUUCUUCAUGUAUGACCACAGCACUGGAGCUGAGGAACCCUUCAACUGUUCCCACUGGUGCUCCACAACCUUGUGGAGUUUUGCCUCCCGAACCUUGGAUGCAGAAUGAGCGUGAGCUGAAACGAGAGAGGAGGAAACAAUCAAACCGUGAAUCUGCUAGAAGGUCCAGGCUGAGGAAGCAGGCUGAGGCUGAAGAAUUGGCACGAAGAGUUGAUGCAUUGACUGCUGAGAAUUUGGCGCUGAAAUCGGAAAUAAAUGAAUUUACUGAAAACUCUGAGAAGCUGAAGAUAGAAAAUGCUACAUUAAAGGAAAAGCUGAAAAACACUCAACUGGAACAGACAGAAGAGACAAUUUUGAAUAGCAUUGACAAGAGAGCUACACCUGUAAGUACAGAAAACUUGCUAUCAAGAGUUAAUAAUUCAAACUCUGGUGAUAGAACUGCAGAGGAAGAGAAUGGUUUCUGUGAGAACAAACCUAAUUCUGGUGUAAAACUGCAUCAACUACUUGAUGCAAACCCUAGAGCUAAUGCUGUGGCAGCUAGUUGAAAACCAGUAUUUCCACUGGUUUGUUGAUUAUGUAGUUUUGGCAUAUUAUUACAAGUCCAAAAUUACUGCUAACAGUUUUCUAAUGGAUGGAUCAGUUGAAUUUUAAGAUCUAAAUCCAUCAAUGCCAGAACUAAUUUAUUACUUUUCAGUUUCUUAGGACAAAACUAUGUCUUCUGUUUAGAUUUUUUUGAUAGGAAUGGAUAACAGCUUUGAAAGUUUGUAAAUUGAAGAGAAUUAGGAGUAUUUAGUUUAUAGAUAGACUUUAGAAAAGGGUUGUGGUUGGAAUCUAUAUAUGAUUGGUUGUGCAUUAUCUAUUGGUGUGAACCUUAUAGUAUCCGAGUAAUGAUAUUAUCACUUUUUGUUA